GCGAGCGGCGUUCUGUUGUUGUCAUGGCGGCGGUUCAAACUGUGGACGAGCUUAUCAUUAUUAUUAAACAUUACUAUGAAGUUAAUCAUGUUUAAUAUCUUAAUUAACAUCCAGUUAACGACGCUACGGGCAUAACUAAUUUAUCGUUUCUGUAUAAACCGAAAAAAAAUCGUUAGAAGCGUAAUGUUGGAGUGGGAUAUGUUGGGAUUAACUUAAUGUUUACAAACUUCAAGUCAAAAGUGUAGCUAGUAAAAGGGUUGUUUGCUCUUUGGUCAGCGUUUGGCGGGUUGUUUUCGCUGUAAUGGCUUCACAGUUCUUGCAGAGUGGUUACAUGAUUUCCUCAGGACAGCAAAGUCAAGAGAGAGACUGGGUUGUUUCAGGUUCAACUCCUGGGAUGUCCCACACCAAGCUAUUGUUCAACGAAGCCAUCCCCGCGAGCACCAGCAACCGUGCUACCCAUGUUCACCGCCCGCCAGCCCCCAUCGUGAUAGAGAGGCUGCUGCCGCUGUUGGAGGAGCGCGAGAGAGUGGACAGCACCAGAAGCUCCAUCAGCUUCACCACUCUCUCGGAGGAGAAGCUGCGGGCUGCGGUUCAGCUCGCCAAGCGAGAUCUGAGACGAAGGCGCCUUGAGUCGCUGACAAAAUCCCCUGCCAAACCCUCUCAAGAGGCCUCCUUUCUUGAAACAAGUGAUGCAGAGCUACUCCAGGAGCUUGCAGCCACUCCGAGUAAGACCAAGUUAAAGACCUCCAGUCCAAAAGAGAAAGCAGCCCGACCCAGAACCAAACUGUUUGUGCACACACCCCAGAAGCGUCCCAUUUCUCUCAUGCCUCGGGCUGGCCAGUCACCCCCAACCAGAGACCCCGGCCUGAGGCAAUUUGUAGGCAGAAAACAGGCUCCUUUAAGCCAGGAGAUCCGCAAGCUGCAGAAUGAGCUGGAAGUGUACAUUCAGAAAGUAGAAGAGCUCGCCACCAGAGGAGGGGAAAUAGAGGAGCCACUGGAGCCUGAAGAGCAAAACAAGUUGGAGGUACGCAGGCAGAAGCAGGCAGCCCGCUCAGCACGUGUCAUCUAUGUUCUCCAACAACAGGUAAAAGAGAUACAAGAAGAUGUAGAGAAACUGCGAAGUCAGAAAAUGUGGGACACCAAAAAGUCCGUGGCAAUAAACAGGCUUGCAGCUGCCCAUCGUGGGACACUCAGGGCCUUACAGGUUGUUAUCCACCAGCUUUCAGAUCUAUCUCACGGCCAGGUACCCCCUCAUUACAAAGAGCUGGGCCAGCUGAUCCGCCAGCUCUCUCUGUGCUCAGCCAAGGUUGAAGUAGAGCAGGGUUCAGCUGUGCCCGAGACAGCCAUCGACAUCCUGCAGAAACUAGAGACUUUGGAUUCUGUCCUCAGUAAACAAGAGCUGCACGAAAGAAAGAUGCAGGCCCAAGCAUGUCCUCCACACAGGAAGUCUCCUCAUCACAGCAUGUCACCUACUAGUGCACCCAAGGGUCCCAGCACCUCAACCGUUAGAGGUCCUCGCAAACCAGCAAAUCCCAAAAGAGGUGUCCGUGGUAGGAGAAUGGCCUCGCAGAAGCCCAAAACUACUUCUCACCAGCUCAUGAACAGAAGAGAGGUGCUCAGGGCCGGCCUGGAGAGCCUCGCUCAGAGAGAGCUGCAGGGACGACCUCAGACAUACACCACCUGCAGGAAAGGAGGGGCUCUACACCCCGGGAGAAGCAAGGCUAACAUUAUAAUGACGCGAAAUCAGAUACAAGAAGCAGGUUUCCAGCAGCCUACUGUCUCCUCUCAGCUCAGAGUGAACCAGCUCCCUCAAAAAGAACACUCUGUGCCCUGGAUACCUACAUCACCUCACUCUCCUCCUCCACAGCGAUCCCCUCAAAGGGGAAGACCAGAGCCUCGAUGUCUCUUCUCCCCCGUGAAGCUCUCACCCAGCCCUCUGAGGCAGACGGCGGCCGGUGGUUUGGGAGCAGACUCGGCCUUGAGCUCCGAAAAGAAAAGACAAGCUCAUAAUGAAGCAUUAAGGAACGCCUGGCUGGAUAAGAUGACGAUGCAGAGACUGAAAGAGCUCGACCAGCUGAGUAAAGAAGAGGCUCAACGCAUUCAGACAUUAAGGUCAGAAGUUGUCUCGCCAACUCAGUGGGCAGAGAGAGCCGAGCAGAAGGCCAGAGAGAGAAUUCAGCCCUUUCUGGAUGAAGCACAGCAGAUUGGUGAGUCCAGGAACAGGAUCAGCCCCUCGCUGAGGAAUCGGCUGUCUGAGCAGGCUGCAGAGAGGGCAGCAGAGAGUGCCGAGCAGCUGAGUGAGGCGCUGUUGGAAGAUCUGUUGGAGGACACUGCACGGGCGGCGUGGGCGGCUGAUACAGACAGACAGUUGGAGGGCAUGGCCCAGCGUAGGCUGCAGGCCCCCACCCUGGAGAGUAUGCUGCUUCGUAUGGAGGAGAUACAGAGAGAUCAGGAGGAAGUGAGGAGACGGUUUGCUUCCAUCACCUACUCCGACCCUCUUUACUGGGACCGACAAGGAGCAGCAGGACCCCAGUGCCAUGCUCCGAGCUCCAGGCCAGCCUCUCCCCAGCCAAUUAGACUCACAAGGCCAGUGCCGAGGCAGAUCUCUGCAGCUGAUAUUGUCCUAGAGAAACCCGUGGAGACUGGACACAGCAUACUCUCUGAUAACAGCCUGACAGAGGAGGUGUCCCAAGAUGAACCACAGCCCAGACACGGCGCUGUGUUCCCAGGCCCGGUGGAGAGAAGCGGGGGCACUGUUAUCUCUGUGCCAGGCAGCACGCUGAGAAACAUCCGGCGGUACCGGGAGGACUACGACGCCUACCUGCGUGUUGUGGCUCACGAGGCUGUCGGCAGCUUCGACCCCUGGGCCAUCACAGACAGCCUGGCAGAGGAGCUGCUGUCAGAGGCCGUGGCUGACGUGGCUGCGGAGUUUCAGGAUGUCGUGGAGGAGUACGCCGAGGCCGUCUUCACCUCCGAGUUUCUUCAGCCGACCCAGUCACCUCCUGCCUCAGCUGCGGCUUUGGUCAGCUGAUAGGAUGUUCCAGCAUCAUUUAAUAUAUAUUUAUUUUAUUGGAAAAUCUGCAUCUUCAGACUUUCAGCACAAAGGAUGUAAAUAUCAAAAGAUAAAGGGUCAUGUUAUCGACCAAGGACUACAGUUACUUUUAAUUUGUUUUCCAGUUUCACAGGUGGUUGUUUCAUUUUGUAAUGAAACUCUUCCACGUGUGUACUUAUUUUGUUGAUUUACAAAGAUCUCUAUUUAAUUGGGAUUGUAGAUAUGUUUUUAAUGAAGCUGCGGCGAGAUGAGAUUGUUGAAUUGUACAGGGAGCAUUAGUCACAUUACUCUUCAUGGUCCAUCUGUAUCUGUGAUUGAAUUCCGCUGGGAAAGUUAGUUUAGUUUUAGAUAAGCUUGGAGAGACCAUUACGACAUUACAGAGGAUUAUAAGAUUACCGCCCUCCCCUUGCACUUGGUUUAAAUCUCCCCGAGGAUUACUCGCACUUUCUAUUGUCACGUCGGAGUAUGGAAAUAAAUUAAUUGCAUACGGUUUCCCCACCAAAAUGACGUAGGAAGCCAAGGGCAUCGUGUGUUUAAUCUAUUGUAACUUGAUUUCCUCUUUUUGCUUUAAUGUCUAAAUAAAGGGUGCGAACGCAGCAACAAGCUUUAUUAAA